GCCAACCUGCGCCGCUCCAACAUGGCUCCUCGGCUGUGCAGCAUCCCUGCUGCGACGCGGCGACUGCUGCGGGGCCCCGGAGCCCGCGCCCGGAACGUCCCGGCGGCGGCCGCGGCGCGUUUCUAUUCCAAGGACACUGAAGGCAGCUGGUUCCGCUCCCUCUUUGUUCACAAGGUGGAUCCCCGGAAGGAUGCCCACUCCACCCUGCUGUCCAAGAAGGAGACCAGCAACCUGUACAAGAUCCAGUUUCACAACGUGAAGCCUGAGUGUCUGGACGCCUACAACAGCCUGACGGAAGCUGUGCUGCCCAAGCUGCACCUGGAUGAGGACUACCCCUGCUCUCUCGUGGGCAACUGGAACACGUGGUAUGGGGAGCAGGACCAGGCAGUGCACCUGUGGCGAUUCUCGGGGGGCUACCCAGCCCUCAUGGACUGCAUGAACAAGCUCAAGAACAACAAGGAGUACCUGGAGUUCCGGAAGGAGCGGAGCCAGAUGCUGCUGUCCAGGAGAAACCAGCUGCUCCUGGAGUUCAGCUUCUGGAACGAGCCGCAGCCCAGAGAGGGCCCCAACAUCUAUGAGCUGCGGACGUACAAGCUCAAGCCGGGAACCAUGAUCGAGUGGGGGAACAACUGGGCUCGGGCCAUCAAGUACCGGCAGGAGAACCAGGAGGCGGUGGGCGGCUUCUUCUCGCAGAUCGGAGAGCUCUACGUUGUGCACCAUCUCUGGGCCUAUAAAGACCUGCAGUCUCGGGAGGAGACUCGGAACGCCGCCUGGAGGAAGAGGGGCUGGGACGAAAAUGUCUACUAUACAGUGCCGCUGGUACGACACAUGGAGUCUCGGAUCAUGAUCCCCUUGAAGAUUUCGCCUCUCCAGUGAUGCUGCCGACGCCUCUGUCUCCUUCCCCUUCUCCCUCGGGGCAGUCCAGGACAGAGGGUCUCCUGGCCUGUCUGGGUUCUCUCCCAGAGCUGGGGGUGGGUGGGGCUGAGCUCAGACCCGGGGAGCUGAAGGGUUAUGGGGGUCCUGAGGACUCCCGCUCUGCCCAGAGCCUUUCCCGCCCACCGGCUUCCCUCACCAGUAGUUCCUCAUCUCCCUGAACAAAGAUCAGAACCUCUCAUGUCUUCGCACAUUCCCUCCCAGGAUCCCUCAUCUCAAAGCUGUCCGUCCCCAGUUAGCAUCUCAGAAAACCUUGGCUUAGCUUAGUUGCACAAAAGGGAGUGCGACCAGUGGUUCGAAGUGGGGUGGGAAGGGAGGAGGCCAGGCCAGGCCACACCCUCAGGACGUCCCUAGUCUCCGCUGGGCCACCCACUUGCUGCACAGUCUGAGCCAAAUCCCUCCUGCUGUGGAAAAGCCUGGAACUGCCAACACCCUCAGAUCAGCACCCAGAGAGGCAGAGCGAUGGCACGGGAGAGGAAGGACGUGGGGGCAGGAGCCAGCCCCAGAAGCUGGAGCGUAGAGUUCUGAACCUGGUUGUUGAGCCACGGAGUUGGGAAGACAGGACUGGGGUGACUGAAGACCAUUGGGGGAGGGGCUUGUGAGUACUAGAUGGAUGGAGAGAGGCUCACCUGUCCCUCCCUGCAGGCUCAAGUACAGGCCAGGGCCCCCUAGUUUCCUCCCCCUCACGUGACAGCUGCCAGCCCCAGCCCUCAUUUUAUAGGGACACAGGCGUGGAGUUGGGUAGCGACCCUGGGAGCUUCCUCUGUGACCCCCAUACCUCGUGAACCCCCCGGGAACUUGAUUCUGCCUCCUGUCCAUGAAAACAAGUACUGGGGUGGCUGAAGGAACCAAUUAAAUAUUUACUAUAAGUCA